AUGGCCAACUCUAACCUCUCAGCUUCCCUCUCUCUCGUCCGCCGCAAGGAUGUCGAAGCACUGCCCGAUUACAUGACCACCUGGCUCAUUCUUGGCAUCUGCUCUGGUACUAUUCUAUGCAUCAUGCUCGUCUGGUCCAUUAUGAUCUGUUGUCGCCAGAGAAGGCUCCGGGACAUCGAGGAGGCUCAUGAACUGUCCCACACAAAGGUAUAUCUAAAGUCAUGUUUCAAGAGCCACGGUAUCAUGAAAAGUACACCAACUGUGAGCGAACGGCGUUGGACUGUACCCGAGCCCACAGCCCGCGAGGACCUCAAAAUGAUCAAGAAGAAUGUUCCCUAUAUGCGCCCGAGGCACAUCAUGGAACCAUCACCAGAGAUGUACGCAAUACUCAUACCUCUCCUCAGUAUCAUCAUCUCCUUCAACCCCACCCUCGGCAUCAUCAUGUGCUACUUCACCCGCCGCAGACGUGUCCCUGACGAGGAAGCAAUCGAACUCAUAGAGACCAAGCCAAAUCUCGAGCGAGGCAUGCUCGUCGAAAUCAUCUCCAUCUAUCGAGACGGCAUCGAGAUCUACACAAAACACAAAGCACCCGCCGGCAAACGCCUGUACUACCAUCCUUCGCUCAAGGACCCCGAGCAGACUCACAUGCACCUCCACAACAUCCCAAUACCCCCCAGACAAUCAAUAGACGACCUCCGAAGAGAAUUAGUCGCAGGAUUAGAUUCGCUACUCCGAUCCACAACUAAACAAUAA